UAUCGGCUCCCGAGUCCCACCGGGCACUAGUGGAUCCUCCUCGGACGCAGUGUGGAGCAGCAGCCAGGAUGAUCCCAGUGGGAGAAUUCAGAAACUUCGCCGGAGAACAGAACUCAAAGUAUCGGGUCCUGAAACCGUGGUGGGAUGUUUUCUCAGAGUACCUGUGCGUUGCCAUGCUGAUGAUUGGUGUCUUUGGGUGCACCUUGCAGCUCACCCAAGACAAGAUUUCCUGCCUGCCCAGCCACUUCACCAGCACGACGCCUGAAGCAAUCGACUGCAGCCACAUCCGGACCUACAGGGACAACGAGACGUCAGAGAACACUUUGGUCCCACCUGGAAAGCCCGUCCUCCAUGAGGUGAUUGGUCGCAAGAACAACCUGGACAUCCACCAGUACGUGUUUGUCAACCACUAUUGCUACGAGAGGUUUGUCCACUGGUUUGCAAAGUUCUUCCCAUACCUUGUUGUGAUCCACACUAUGAUCUUCAUGGUAGCAAGCAGCUUCUGGUUCAAGUUCCCCGGGACCUCUUCUAAACUUGACCUCUUCACGACCAUCCUUGGGAAGUGCUUUGAUUCUCCCUGGACCACAAGGGCCCUGAGUGAGGUUUCUGAGGAAAGAGGAGAGGAGAAGCUGGUUAGUUGGAGGAGGAACACCGUGUCAAAAGAUUCCACUGAUCGACACGCAGAUGACGAAGAGUCCACGGGACUGCUUCUUCGCUCCGCCUCGGUCAAGUCUAACCCAGAAAAGAAUCUGGAGCUUCAGUCUGCACCCUCCGUCUUGGAUAAGAAGGAAGGAGAGCAGGCCAAAGCUCUGUUUGAAAAGGUGAAGAAGUUCAGAACUCAUGUGGAGGAAGCAAAAAUCUUGUAUGACAUGUAUGUGCUACAAACGUCACUGAAGGUCUUCAAGUUCCUUUUAAUCAUUAUCUACACAGCGGUGCUGGUCCCGAACAUUGAGAUAAUAGUGCGCUGUUAUGUUCCUCCUGAGCUGACUGGUUUUGAUAUCUAUUGCUGUAACCACAACAAAGCCAAUCUUUUCUCCAAGCUCGCCUACUGCUACAUCUGCUUCGUGGGAGUGUACGGACUUCUGUGCAUCUACACCCUCUACUGGCAGUUUCAUAGACCUCUGAAGGAGUACUCCUUUGAGCAGGUCCGACUGGAGACAGGCAUCAACGACAUACCGGAUGUGAAGAAUGACUUUGCGUUCCUCCUGCACCUUGUGGACCAAUAUGAUGCCCUGUACUCAAAGAGAUUUGCCGUCUUUCUUUCCGAAGUCAGCGAGAGCCAUCUUCAUCAGCUCAACCUCAACUACGUGUGGACCACAAAGCUGCGUACCCGCCUCGCCAAGAACUCCAGCAACCGGCUGGAGCUCCACCUUUCAAUGUUGCCGGGGCUCCCUGAUACUGUCUUUGAGAUUCCUGAAGUGGAAUCGCUUAAACUGGAGCAAGUUCAAAAUGUCACUAUCCCAGCUAGUGUGGCAAAGCUGGACUCUCUUCGGGAGUUAUCGCUAGUCUUCUGCCCUGCAAAGCUCCAGCUUUCUGCCCUGACCCACCUCAAGGCACAUUUAAAAGUCCUGUGUCUACAUUUUGAAAGUUUAGAAGAGGUGCCUAUGUGGAUGUACAACCUGCAUAGCUUGGAGGAGUUACAUCUGAGUGGUCCUUUAUGCAAUGAGGUGUCUAAAAGUGCUACUCUGGACUCUCUUCGAGAGCUUAGAGCUCUAAGAGUCCUUGAUCUCCGCUCCAACCUUACUAAGAUCCCACCCAGCGUAGUCGAUGUUGCGUUGCAGCUGCAGCGGUUGUGCAUUUAUAAUGAAGGCGUCAAACUCCAAGCUUUUAGCAACCUGAAGAAGUUGACAAACCUAGUCUCGCUGGAGCUAGUGGGCUGCGAGCUGGAACGCAUCCCAAGUGCUGUCUUCAGCCUGAACAAUCUGCAGGAGCUGGACCUGAAGGAGAACAAACUUACCACUGUGGAGGAGAUCCUGAGCCUGCAGCACUGCCGUCGAUUGGUUACACUUAAACUGUGGCACAACAAAAUCACUUACAUCCCUGAUCACAUCAGUAAGCUGCACACUCUGGAGACGCUGGACAUCAGCUGGAACAAGCUACGAAAGCUUCCCUCUCGGCUGUUUUAUUGCACCAAACUCAGGCACCUCGAUGUCUCCCACAACCAGCUCACCUCUCUUCCUCCUGAGGUGGGCAUCCUGCAGGGCCUCCAGUUCUUCUCUGCUGCUUUCAACUCCCUAGAGAUGCUGCCAGAGGAGCUGUUCUCUUGUAAGAGGCUAAAGACGUUGGCUCUUGGAAACAACUGCCUGUCGGAUCUCAGCUCCAGAGUGGGCAGCCUGGCCCAGCUGGUCCGACUGGAGGUCAAAGGGAACCGUCUGGAGUCUCUACCUGAGGAGAUAGGGGACUGUCCCCAGCUGAAUCUAAGCGGACUGAUAGUGGAGGGCAACCUGCUGGAUCUGCUUCCAUCAGAUGUACGAAGCAAGUUGAGUAAUCGCUGAGUUUGUUGAGCUAAGGGCGGUUGCCGACUCAUCUUCUCUCAGUGGACAGUGGUGCUCUAUGGUGAUCUGUAAAACAGAGUAUUAUCAGAGUAUUAAUCCAUGCCACUAGGUGGAAUUUCUCGUAUAAAACAGCUUAAAAGGGGAAACCAUAACCAUGACUGAUCACAAAAGGAUAACCGAGCACAAGAAAACAUAUUUAUAAAACCAGUCAUCGUGAAAUGUGCAUUCAACUAUGGGUCAAUGAGUGAAAAAUCAACAUGUCAGCAAUAAAAAUACCUUUCUUUAAUACUGUUGACAAGACAAGGGCUCAACACUUUAAACAGAUAAGACAGCGUCUUCUACGUUAAGUCAAUAUUUUGUGGAUUCUUCAGAGCACAAGUCAAGCGAUUUCCUAAUCGUGCCGUGUCCUGUUGGACAGGUUUUUACAGCAUGAGGAGGUAAUUCCCACAGUGCGGUGGCUCAUGUUGCUCCCUUUCAGACACUGAACAAGUGUAGGGAGAAAAAGCCUUUCAGUAGCAGAAUAAAAGGUAUUCAUUGCUCUGUUUACAUAUUCAGUCAAACAGAGGAGACUGAAAAGAUACGUGGGACUAUGAAUCAGAAGUCAACUCGGCAGGAUAUUCAGUGAUACAAUAAUUAAAAAGAAAUACAAUAA